AUGUCCUCAUUCAAUGGCUUAGAAGCCGCAAUAAUCGCCGCGCUAGCCAGCGAAGGCGCCAUCCACCCAAUGGACACAGUAAUAACACGCAUGCAAUCACCAAUCUACAGCAGCGUCUACAAGCACCUAAACGGCACACUUAGCCGCACCCUCUUCAGCGGGUUGUACCAAGGCUUCGGGCCAACCCUCGUCGCAGGGACGCUUUCAUCAGCAGCUUUCUUCACAGCAUACGAAGCGUCAAAGAAGGCGUUCGAGAAUGCACAGUCCGCUGGAUAUAUGCUUGGUGUCCCGCGGCCAUUGAUUCACAUUGCCAGCAGUGCUGUCGCUGAACUACUCGCUUGCGCUGUCCAGAACCCGGCUGAGGUAUUGAAGCAGAAUGCUCAGGUUUAUCAGCGCCCACUUCAUUGUGAAAAAGGCCCAUCUCCGACGAUGGAGAUGAUUCGUCAAUUUCGAAAGUACCCUUCUAAGCUGUGGGCUGGGUAUUCUGCUUUAGUGGCGAGUCAAUUACCGAAUAUGUGUCUUACGUUUUGUUUGUAUGAGAUGUUCAAGGAGGAUUUGCUUGAGCGGUGGAAGACAGAGAAAGAUGAUAUUAGGCAGCAGCUUGAAGCGACUAUUUUAGGUGCUGGUGCUGCGGGGGGUUGUGCGUCUUUGUUUUUUGUUCCUAUCCACGUGGUCAAGACGAGGAUGAGGCUUGCGGUUGGUGAAGAGACAGGUAGCACCGCGUCGAGUCUCAAGGGGAAACCUGGCUUACAGCCCCGUGUCGGGGCAUUUGCUAUUGCUCGAGAUGUGCUACGGAAGGAGGGGGUAGCUGGGUUGUUUCGGGGAUCUGCUUUGACCUGCGUGGCGGCGGUUGUGGGAAGUGGACUCUAUAUUGGGUUUUAUGAGGGAACAGAUGCUAUGCUUAUUAGUCUCUCCGAAUCCCGAGGCCUGCUCUGCAUGCUGUUGUCGUACAUGAACACAGCUACGUAA